CUCCCCGCCCCCUCCGGCGCUCACACUCAGGAAGCAGCUGGCUGCGGGCCGGCCCUCGCGGCCGCACACACAUCCACACUCCUCGCCUGGCAGCCUCCCUCCCGCCCUCUUCCCCCUUUCCCCUCUCUCCCUGCAGCCGCGUCCCUACUGCGCCGCCGGGGCAGCCCAGAGCGCGGCGCGCAAGGGCACCGGCGCCAGGGUCCGCGCACCUCGGGGCCGCGGCGGGCCCGGGUCCAGGCUCGCACCGGCGCUCUCUAGCCGCGACCCAGCUCAGGCAGCCAGCAUCCCGAGCCCGGCCCCUCCAGGCGUCGCCCUCGGCCCCGAGCGAGGAUGAGCACCCCGGGCCAGGCAUGAAGUCGCCUCUCAACUUUGUAAAGACAUGACUGGAGUGUGCCUGUGCGUAGCGCGGACAGGGAGCUGAUGCGGAGAGUCGGCCCGCUGCCCUGCCUCCUCCUCCCAGGGCCGCCGCCGUCGCAGCCUCGCGCGGGCACACACACGGCCCUCCGGCCGUAGUUCCGCGCUCCGGCCACGGGCUUGGAUGCGAGUUUUCCUUUCCGAAGGAGGCAGAGCCGGCGUGGAGCGCUGAGGGGGCUCAGCCUCCACCCACGCAUCGCUAGUGUUGUCACGAGCGGGCUGGCCGGGAGAAGGGACUCGCUCGCCUAGCUUUGUUGUGGAAAUCCGGUUACCUGACUUAUCACCUAUCCCAUGGAUAAGUUACUUGCCUUGCCUUGAAAGAAUCAAUAGUGCCAUCGGAUAUUGAUCAGCGUGGCCUCAGGGCUCUCAGAAUGAAUGGAAGGUCAUGUGGCAUGAAUCUCCACCGGACAUCAAGAACCCCACAGGGGCCUGGCCUACUCGGUGGUCAACAUAUCCCUCCCAUCAGAGCCCACGCAGGCACUCCCUGCUCCUCUUCCUGUGCCAGCACGCCGAGCCCCAGUAUUGGAAGUCUUGCUAACAGUCUUCACCUCAAGAUGUCCUCGGGAGCAGGGAUGGCUCCUCAGAGCAACAUGGCCGCGAGUCCCAUCCAUCUGCCUGCCCUGAGCCCCAGGAGACAGUUACUCGCCAAUGGGAAGCCUCAGUUCCAGGUCACCCCGGCUGGUGUCAUGGCAGCACCACAUACUAUAAAGCCCAAACAGCAAGAAUUUGGAGACCCCUUCUCUCCAAAUCCUGAGAAAGGGGCUCUUGGCUUUGGGCCUCAGUGCAAGUCCAUUGGAAAAGGCAGCUGCAACAAUCUAGUGGUCACCAGCAGUCCCAUGAUGGUUCAGCGACUGGGACCCAUUUCACCUCCAGCAAGCCAGGUCUCCACAGCAUGCAAGCAGAUCAGUCCUAGCUUACCGAGGGCAGUGAAUGCAGCCAACCUGAAUAGACCUCCUUCAGAUACCAGGUCCGUUAUUUUGCAAGAGUCUCUGGUGUCCACGACUUUGAGUCUGACAGAGAGUCAAUCAGCCUUGAGUGUGAAGCAAGAGUGGUCUCAGAGCUACAGGGCUUUCCCUUCACUUUCAUCCAGCCACAGUUCCCAGAAUGGCACGGACCUAGGGGACCUUCUUAGCUUGCCUCCAGGCACGCCAGUGUCUGGCAACAGCGUCUCCAACUCGUUGCCACCCUACCUUUUCGGCAUGGAAAAUAGCCACUCUCCUUACCCUAGCCCUCGGCACUCAGCAACCAGGGCCCACUCCACCCGCUCUAAGAAGAGAGCAUUGUCCUUGUCGCCACUGUCAGAUGGCAUCGGGAUCGACUUCAACACUAUCAUCCGUACUUCACCCACAUCCUUGGUCGCCUACAUCAACGGACCAAGAGCCUCCCCAGCCAACCUGUCCCCACAGUCAGAGGUCUAUGGGCAUUUCCUGGGUGUUCGUGGCAGCUGCAUCCCCCAGUCUUGUGCAGUGGCCAGCGGGCAGAAAGGCAUAUUGGUUGCCAGUGGAGGGCAUACGCUGCCGGGCUAUGGAGAGGACGGUACACUGGAGUAUGAACGCAUGCAGCAGCUUGAGCAUGGUGGCCUGCAACCCGGACCUGUAAACAACAUGGUGUUGCAGCCUGGCCUACCGGGCCAGGAUGGCCAGACAGCCAACAUGCUCAAAACAGAGCGCCUGGAGGAGUUCCCCGCCAGUGCCUUGGACCUGCCCUCUGCUCUGCCUCUCCCUCUUCCUCCGCCUCAGGGUCCCCCACCCCCAUACCAUGCCCAUCCACACCUUCAUCACCCAGAGCUCCUGCCUCACACCCAAUCGCUGUCCCUGGCCCAGACUGGCCUGGAAGAGGAUGGGGAGAUGGAAGACUCAGGGGGGAAGCACUGCUGCCGUUGGAUAGACUGCAGUGCCCUUUAUGACCAGCAGGAGGAACUGGUGAGGCACAUCGAGAAGGUCCACAUAGACCAACGCAAGGGGGAAGACUUCACGUGCUUCUGGACUGGCUGCCCUAGAAGAUACAAGCCUUUCAACGCACGGUAUAAACUGCUGAUCCACAUGAGGGUCCACUCUGGGGAGAAGCCCAACAAGUGUACGUUCGAAGGCUGCAAGAAGGCCUUUUCCAGGCUCGAGAACCUCAAGAUUCACUUGCGGAGCCACACGGGUGAGAAGCCAUACUUGUGCCAGCAUCCGGGCUGCCAAAAGGCCUUCAGCAAUUCCAGUGACCGUGCCAAGCACCAGAGGACACAUCUUGACACUAAACCUUAUGCUUGUCAAAUUCCAGGAUGUACAAAGCGCUACACAGACCCAAGCUCCCUCAGAAAGCACGUGAAGGCACAUUCUUCCCGAGAGCAGCAAGCAAGGAAAAAGCUCACGAACAUCUGUGCAUCGUCCCAUUGGUGAUAAACAGUGAUAAGCGACUAACUUCACACCUCAGAACGCUGGCAAGACACAUCUGGAUCCCAUCCCCCUCAGCCGAGAGGAGAUCAGUUCCAAGAAAGAUGGUGGGAGAUGCUCUUGAAAGAAAAGCGUUCGACGAACAGUAGUGACGAGAAGAAGUGCUUAUGUUUUAAUGGAAAACAUCCUUAUACACCAUCACAAAUUCUAACACAUAUCCACAACUAUUGCUACUUGGAACAAGUUGCCUGGCAGCUUCGAUGGCAACCUGGCCCAGCACAAUAGUGCUUUCAUGUUUGAAGUAUGCUGCUGCUUCUGUAUGUGGAUUGGGGCUCAGAAUAAUCCAUACUUGUGGGAGUUGGUGGGGGGCUUGAGGGAGAUUGUCUUUCGUUGGAAAGACCAGUGAAUAAAAUGAGCGUGUGUUCUUUAUACCAUCAGAAGAACUGCAUUCGUCUUUACAGGAGAAUAUGUGCUGCCACCCCUGGGAUGAUGGCCCAGCGUCUUAACUAUAGUAAAAGUUGUUGCCCAUGCCCUGCUCCUGAAACACAUUCCGUGGCGAUGUUAUUAGAUAGGUUUUAUUUGGUUGAUGUUGUUCUCAUUCUUAGAUUUAUUUUUGGUUUGCGUGUGUAAAUGCUUUUACCUGGUAAGUGCACCACUUUUCCUGGUUUGGAGGUCAGAAAAGGAUAUUGGGUACACUGGACUGGAGUUAAGGUUGUUUUUGAGCCACCAUGUGGGGAGCUGGAACUGAACCCAAGUCCCCAGCACUAGCAGCAAAUGGACUAACCGUCCUUAAGGAAGCCGGCACACAGAAGAACCACUUCCUUCUCAGCACCUUCAUGAAGCAGCUUUUCAAGUAGACAUUUUACAAGGGUCUCCAAAGUUUCCUUUAUCACAUGUUGUAAGUAUUUAUUGGUUACCUACUGUGUGCUGGACACUGGUUAGCGCCAUGGAAGCAAACGCAUGGAGGAGAUGUGUUUUCUGCUCUCUUCGGUUGGCAUUCCGAUGAAGGUGAGCACAUGAGAAACUGGUGUGACAUUAGUGCAAAUAGGGAAGACACAGGAAGGCUGAUAAUGGGAUGGGUGUGAGCUGAGAUGGUCCAGGAACUGAGCAGAGGGGCAAAGAUAUUACGUCUUUAAAAAUGAGGGAAAAAUACAUUGGUUGCAGUAUUCUAGAAAACCACUGAUUCAGUCCAGAUAUUGUACUUUCCUGUUUGAGCUGACUUUCAAAGAACCCUGCUAGCACUUUUUGAAUUGUCUGGCUCAUGUUAGGGUUUUUGUUUGAUUUGUGUGUUUAUUUCUUUGUUUUGAGACAGGGUACCACUGUGUAGCUCAGGCUGGCCUUGAACUUGGGAUCUUACUUACUGCUUUAGCAUUCUCAGUUCUGGGACCACACAUAGAAGUGCUUUAGCUUUAGCUUAGUUGCCCCUUUCUUCAGCUUGUCCUCAUUAGUUGGGGUGGCAUGAACGUGACAAGUUUUGGCCAUCAAAACUGGUGGCUUCUACCUCCAGGCACACAGCACAACUCAGGUGGUCAACAUGUGUGAUCCUUUGAGCCUGAUUUGCAGGUGAGGCCUUGGCUGCUCCUGACCAUUUUGAGUGACAUGAGGCUGUCUCUGCACUCCUAAGAUGACAGGUCUAAUGGAGACAUGUGCUUACAGGGCAGCAGAGAUGGGUGUGAUAUGUCAUGCCAACACAUUGCCUUGCGACAUGGUACACAGUGUCUUUGCGAACAUCCAAGGCUGUUAAAGGACUGAAGGCAUGUCUUUUCAUCCUUGAAGCCACUGUUGUUUGUUGUUGUUGUUGAAUCAAUCACUAAACGUUGUUAUGUGUAGUAAGGUCAUUUUGUUUCUGUACCUGCUAAAAUCUCUUACUUGGCACCAAAACCCAGCAUAUAAAAACAUAAGGGCUGGCUGUCUCCUAUCAUCCUGGCAAACCACCUGAAGAAUGAGGACCCUCUGGCGUUGCUUCACUCUGCAGUUUCAGGCAGUCCAGUGCCCAAGCUUAGCUACCUUAGGGCAACAGUUGUUUUCCUAAUUGAUUGACAGAAAGAACUUCCUACAUUUCGCAUUCUUUCUCAUGAUUAUAAUGAAAAUUAUUUGGGGAGAAAAAAAACAUUUACCACAGAGUCUUUGAAGUCUGAACACUAUGUUUAAGCUACCAAGAGACUGUCUCACGCUGCCCCUCCCAGGUGUCCCUACUCUUUGUCUCAGCUUCCAAAACACUCGAGCCUCUUUUCAUGGUUACUGUUCCCUCUGCUAGUUCGUGCCUGUCUUCCCUUCUCUGCUUCAGCUGAACUCUGUCUCCUCUCUCCCUGGGUAAUGCUUUCACAUUGAUUGUACCUUGGCCCUCUGAGCUGGGAGGAUUUAUUUUCAGGGUGACUUCACACAAGGACUUGGCUAUGCCUGAUGCAAAAACUUUUCCUGGCACAUACUGGGCAGGUGGCCUUGUCCCCGCCGUGUUUGGAUUGGACACCAGGAGGUACUAGCUUCUUUUAAACGGUGCUUAGGAUUGCAUCGUGACUUAACAAGUUACACUCCUCUAGUUUUUCCACUUUCCCAUCUUUGCAGCUACUUUGAAAGGCAAACACUGGGCCCCAGAGGUGAAAGAGAAGCCGUUUCAGGAGAAAAAGCAUUGUUGUGUCACGUAGCAGCCAUCCCCGGCAGCCCAUUGUGAGUGACAACACAUGAACAAUGUCCUUGGAAACGCUUUCCUCCUUGAGAACUGAGUAUUCUUGGAGGAGCCAUCUCUCAGAGAUUGCUGCAGCCUGUCUUUCAGGAACAUAUGGAGGCUGCAAAAAUGGCUCAUAAAAAGGAAAGGAAAUGGACCCAAACCAGAAGGAAUUAAAGUUUAAGCCCACGAUGCUCGAUUCUGUCCCGGGGUUAUUACCUGAGCUUUCCUGGGAUGGAUGGAGAUGGAGAGCUUGAAGAAGCUUGAGAAUGUCCCCCCAAAGACAUGCAAAACAAAUUAUUUUUUCUUUUUUUCUUUAGAAACGUUCCCUGGACUUCACUGGUAGAAAUUAAGAUUCCAAGGCAAAAGCAAGACACCUAGUGAAUGACAGCCUUACUUUUAUGACUUUGGUUAUAACUACCUUCCCCUAAGAUAUUACCCAGUUAAGAAUAUUUCACCCUCUUUGCUCUUGAAUAUUGACUUCCCUAGCAUACAAUUUUAAGACAUUCAAGUUAUUCCACAAGUAUUUUCACAACAUUUCUUGGGUCUGAGAUUUUGUUACGUGUUUGGAUGCAUGAAACGGUAAGAUAGUUUCCUUUCCCCAGAGGCAGAGAGGCAGUCUUAGUUGGAGCUUCUAUUGCUUCGAUAAGACACCAUGACCAAAAGCAACUUGAAAAGGAAGAGGCUCAUUUCUGCUUACAACUUUCAGGUCACUGUCAAAGUUAUGACAAGAACACAAGGCAGUAACCUGGAGGCAGGAGCUGAAGUCAAGGCGAUGGUAGAGUGUUGCUUACUGGCUUGCGCUUCUUGGCUUGAUCAGCUUGCCUUCCAAGAGCACCUCCCCAGAGAUGGCCCUGCCGACUGUGAGCUGGGCCCUGCCACACCAAUCAUAAACCUAGACAGUACACCGCAGGCAUAGUUGUAGGCCAUUCAGUAGGGAUUGUUUUUUUCAAUUGACAGUCCUCUUUGAAAAUGACUCUAGUUUGUGUCAAGUUGACAUAAACAGCACCGAUAUUCAAGCUGGAUUUUGACAAGAUGAGGACUAGCUGUGUUGCUAGUUAAUUGGAGAAUGAAAUGGGACUGUAAGCAAUGACCAGAGUCAGGAGUUGAUGUACUUUUAGAGGGUUGGAAGGAAGCAAUCUGGAUUGAAAUGAGAGAAGAGGAAGUGGCAAUGGAUUGAGUGUGAGUGGUAAGAGGAAGAGACAGAUAAAGAAAGCUGCAUUGUUCCUGCUCGUUUGGGUUGUUUAGCCAGGAGUAGGACCCAUCUGACACGGGCUAAAGCCUCGUCUGGGAAGUUCUUACAUCUUUAAGAUUGACGACAUCAGACCCACAGCGACCAUCAGAUAAUGGAGUCAACUGACUGAAGAUACUAAGCACUCACAUAAUGUCUUCACAGCAAUAUUUAAAUUGUGAAUGUUUUAUUAACUAGGGUAGAUUAUAGGCUAGCCAAGGAAAAACAUAAAACUGACCGUCACUAAAGUCCAUUAUGAUGAAUUUAAACCGUGAUUUCUUUAUUUAAAGAUAAGAUUAGCUGCAUGAGACUGAGGCAUCGUGAACUUCUAAGUGUCCUUUACAUCAGUGCUAAUUGAUUAUUCAUUAGGAGAAGAGAAGAGAAUUAUCAGAUGUACCUGGUCCUAUUCUCUCUCACUUAGCAUUGCCUGUUGAGCGUCAGUAUGUCCAGGUUAGCUAAUUUAGAAACACCGUGCCGAGAGAAGAGCUUAUUCUGCUUGAAGGACGUGAGUUAAUGCCGAGUUCUUCACUUAUGUAUUACAUUGUGAUGCUGGAAUUUAUGCAGUUGCACAACUUUAUUAUGAUACGUUAAAACUUACAAAGCAGUGGGCUUUGUCAUAACUGUAUGAUGUUCAUUAAUGCAGUUGUCCAUGUCAUAGUGAGAUAAUGGCGGUAAAACACUGAGCGUGGUACCCGACACAGUGUGUAUUGCCAUCAAAGCUAGCUGUUCUCCAAGGGAUUAUGUGUUACCCAUUACACGGCGUUCAUAGGGAAUACCAAGAGGUCGUUGGAAUAUCAGUAAGCUAACAGCAAUCUGCUUCAGGUACUUUGAUUAAUUUUCCCCUUAAAGUGAUCUUAGCUGCUUAAAAAUAAUUAAUGAAAAGAGAUUAUGAUGUGAAUAAAAAUUGAUAAUCUAGCUACUCUAUUUUCC